AUGUCGCCUCCUGCGCUGGCUGUCGGAGCCGGCGUAGCUGCCGUGACCGUAGCGGUCGCAGCUGCCAUUGCCAUUUACGAAAACGAAGAUGUGCGACGCUACGCCGACCAGAUCCGUCGCCGGCUCGCCAUCGCCCUCCACAAUCUCGGCAAUGAGCUUGACCCGGGUCAGACCCACGACCUCGAGCCCCUCUUCAAUCGGCCGGAGGAUGCAGAGGGCUUUCUCAUGUCCUCGCGCGGAGGACUCGAACCUGGUGUUGACGCCGACGACGAGUCUAAGAAGAGACAGAGGGAAGAGCUCAUGUACUGGAAUGCCCUGCGAGAGUCGCAAAUGUCGGAGAAGCCCCAGCCUAGCGGCGAGAAGCCGCGGUCUAGGGCAGUGAGCUUUGACGAUUUCCUAAAGCCCGACGCCUCGGGCGAAGACGGCACCCUAGUUUGCCACCACCGCCGACCACGACCAGGAUGCUCGCCGCCGCUCUUCCUCGCCGCCAUCACCACCGGUAUCGCCACUGGUGUCGCCACCGGCGUCGCUGGUGCUGCUGCUGUCGGCAUUGCCUCGGGCACACUUGUCGACCCAGAAGCCUCGGCCCUUAUUGACUUUGGAAGUGAGAGCUCCGCGAGCACCAUCUCCGGCACCCUUGAGCACUCAGAGGAGCGUCCCCGCUCUCCCGUGCUGAACGAGGCCGCCAACGAUGCUGUGGACCCCCGCUUCGGCGACCGCGCUUCUCUUCUCUUCGAUGACAUCUCGGCUUGGGCCCAGGCCACCGACCCCGCCAACCGCCCCUCCUCCCCCAUGAGCUCCUCGGGCUCCUUCUCCCACGCUGGCUUCUCCGACGGCCAGCUCACCCCGACGACGCUCUAUCCCGUUCACCAAAACUUUUCCGAUGCUGCCAGCCAGCAAUUUGAGGUCCGGAGUGUCAGCGAGGGCAUGUUCACCCCAGCCAGUUGGUCCGAGGUGGGAAGCACCAUAAGCGAGGACGACAUCCCCGUGCCCGUACACCAGUAA